UUAUUUCGGAAAGUUGAGGUUGUCUAUGCUCUCUUGUACGAGAAAGUUGUAAAUAAUUUUACGUGAAAUUUUGACUAAUUUCUUUUUUACAAGUGAUAUCUAAUCUCAAAGUGAAUUAUUUAUUGUUAUGUGAGCUUGAACAGUGAUGGGUUUCCAUAAAUGGUGUACCAUAUGAAACAAAAAACUAUCAUUGCGCACGAUACCCCAACGCCAUUUUGAGGCGAAAUUUUAUAUAUAUCGGGUGGCGCAGAGGAUGGCCCGGGGUGACGGUAGAGCUCUAAUUAACUGACGGACGUCGCCGGCUUAUAGCUGGCGCAAGCAACUAAAAUGCCUCGACCUGGCAGUCUCAAGGACCCUGACAUAGCAGAGCUAUUCAGUAAACAUGAUCCAGAUAAAAUAUUCGAAGAUCUCCGGGAGAUUGGCCAUGGGUCCUUUGGGGCGGUAUACUAUGCUCGCUGCAAUCUCACCAAAGAGAUUGUGGCGAUCAAGAAAAUGUCCUACCUGGGAAAGCAGAGCGAAGAAAAAUGGCAGGAUAUUUUGAAGGAAAUCAAAUUCCUAAAGCAGCUGGAACAUCCAAAUACCAUAGAGUAUAAAGGCUGCUACAAAAGAGAGCACACAGCAUGGCUGGUCAUGGAGUACUGUGUUGGGUCAGCUUCAGACAUCAUAGAGGUCCACAAACGCCCUCUGCGCGAGGAAGAAAUAGCGGCGAUAUGCGAGGGCGUGGUCUGUGGUCUGUCAUACCUACACAGCCUGGGCCGCAUCCACCGCGACAUAAAGGCUGGCAACAUUCUCCUGACGGAGAAUGGCACUGUGAAGCUGGCGGACUUCGGCAGCGCGAGCAUCAAGUGUCCAGCCAACAGUUUUGUGGGCACGCCUUACUGGAUGGCCCCGGAAGUCAUCUUGGCCAUGGACGAAGGGCAGUAUGAUGGAAAAGUGGAUGUAUGGUCUCUUGGCAUCACCUGCAUCGAGUUAGCGGAGCGCAAGCCGCCAUACUUCAACAUGAAUGCCAUGUCUGCACUAUAUCAUAUAGCGCAAAACGACUCGCCGACGCUACAAGCGCCAGAAUGGUCUGAUACAUUCCGGUACUUCGUUGAGGAGUGCCUUCAGAAGAAUCCCCAAGAGCGACCGUCAUCUAACAAGCUCCUUGCGCAUCACUUCGUCACGCGGCCGCGCUCGCCUAACGUACUAGUUGACCUGAUACAAAGGACGAAGGCGGCAGUCAGGGAUCUGGACAACCUGAAUUAUAGGAAAAUGAAGAAAAUCCUCAUGGUGGAUGCUGACAAUGAAAGUGCUAUUGGCGACAGCGAGGAAACAACCGAAGAGCGGUCGGGAGGCGAUAGCUCCAAAUCCAACUCGGCGACUUCGGAGCACAGCGCGGCGGGUGCUUCCAGUCAGAGCUCGUCCUCGGGCAGUCUACGCCGCCGCCCACACCCUUUGAACGCGAACCACCAUAGUCAACAUCAACAAUCGCAGCAGCAGUACCAGCAUCACAACCACAAGCACGCGGCGCACGCGCAAAGAGAGAGCGAGAGCCCUCUGCCGACCUCGCACGACGAUUACGUCAAUCGCGAUGUACUACGGGACUACGCGAAUCGCGAUUCGCUUUGCGACGAUUACGGCGGCGAUGACUACGCGAAUAGAGACGUGAUUCGCGAAGCUCAGAGGGAGAGAGAGAGGGAGAGACAAGCGAACGAGUACAGAGAAUACGUCAACGCCCCGUCCACGUGGCAACAGGACAGCGGGGACGAUAACAGGAACACGCAGCGGAGGCAGACGAAUAGGAGUAUAAGCAACAAUGUCUCCGCUGCAAUGUCCUUAGUAUCCGAGCAUGGUGCUAACAACUUUGCGACCAUUCGAACUACUAGUAUUGUAACCAAACAGCAGAAAGAACACAACCAGGAGAUGCACGAGCAGAUGUCUGGCUACAAGCGGAUGCGGCGCGAGCACCAGGCGGCGCUGCUGAAGCUGGAGGAGCGCUGCAAGGCCGACGUCGACGCGCACAAGGCGCAGCUCGACCGCGAGUACGAGGCGCUGCUGCAGCAGCUGUCGCGCGAGCUGGAGCGGCUGCAGACCAAGCACGCCCAAGAGCUUGAACGCAAGCAAAAACAGAACGCGGCGGCCGAAAAGAAGCUAAUAAAAGACAUCACAGCGCGCCAGGAGCAAGACCGGAAAGCGUUCGAGGCGCAGCGCAAGCGCGAAUAUAAGGCCAAUAAGGAGCGGUGGAAAAAGGAGCUCAGCAUGGACGACGCCACGCCCAAACGGCAGAGAGAUGCCACGUUACAGUCGCAAAAGGACAACAUGAAGCAAGCCGAAGCGGCGGAGGAAGCGCGACUGGUGCGCGCGCAACGGGAGUACCUAGAACUAGAGCUGCGCCGCUUCCGACGCCGCCGCAUGCUCGCCGCACACCACAAGGAGCAGGAGUUGCUACGCGAGGAGCUGAACAAACGACAACAACAGUUAGAGCAGGCGCAUUCCAUGCUCCUACGCCACCAUGAGAAGACGCAAGAACUCGAAUACCGGCAACAGAAAGGCGUUCAUGCGCUAAGAGAGGAGCAGCUGUCGAAUCAACACGCGACGGAGCUGGCCAACCAGCGGGAGUACAUGCAGCGCGCCGAGCACGAGCUGCGGAAGAAGCACGCGCUGCAGCUCAAGCAGCAGCCCAAGAGCCUCAAGCAAAAAGAAAUGCAAAUUCGCAAGCAGUUCCGGGAAACGUGUAAGAUACAGACGCGUCAAUACAAAGCAUUGAAGGCGCAGAUAUUACAGAUGACUGCCAAGGAGCAACAAAAGGAAGUGAUAAAGUCUCUGAAGGACGAGAAGCGGCGCAAGUUAGUAUUGCUGGGCGAGCAAUACGACCAGAGCAUCACCGAGAUGCUGCAGAAGCAGACCGUGCGCCUGGACGAGAGCCAGAUGAUGGAGUGCCAACAGCUGAAGAUGCAACUAGAGCAUGAGCUGGACAUGCUGACCGCUUACCAGAGCAAGAGCAAGAUGCAGGCCGAGGCGCAGCGCAACCGCGAGCGCCGCGAGCUCGAGGAGCGCGUGGCCGUGCGCCGGGCGCUGCUGGAGCAGAAGAUGGAGUCGGAGUGCGCGCAGUUCGUGGCGGACCGCGCCGAGCGCACGCGGCUGCUGCACGACCGCCACGAGCGCGAGCUCGACCACUUCGACAACGAGAGCGCGCGCCUCGGCUUCAGCGCGAUGGCGAUAGCGGAAGGCAGCCGGGAGGGCUACGGCGAGGAGGAGCAGUCACUCUCGGGCUCCAUGCUGUCCCUGGCGCACUCCAACUCGUCGGCGUCGUUCCCCGCCGGCUCGCUCUAGUCGCGCCGCGCCGCUGUUGCCAAACCGCCCGUGUCGCUGCCCAGGUUGACCCUCUCCCCUUUCCCGGUCUCGUAUAGCCCCCCCGCUAGGUAGAAACUUGAACUAGGGCUAGGAAGCACGCCGCGAUAAGCUUUGUCGCGCCAUUUUAUCGAUUUUUUUCAAGGCGAGAGUAAUAGGCACUUACAGGGCAGAUG